AUGACGAAAGUGAAUGAGAGCCAAAAGGAGAUUAGCUCUUUCACUCAGGAAGAAGACGAAAAUUUUUUUGAGAGUUGGGAGCGUUUUAAGGAUCCGCUGAUUAAGUGCCCUCAUCAUGGAUAUGAGAAGUGGAGACUCGUUCAAUUCUUCUGCCAAGGAUUGACCCAAUCCAACUGUAGCAUGAUCGAGUCAAUAAAUGGGGGGGCAUUUUUUAGUCUAACUGGGUAUGAAGUCUAUAAUGCAUUGGACAAGUUGUCCGACAACUCACAGCAGUGGGAUUUUUCGAGUUGUCAGGAUUGGUCCACUUGUGCUCCCAAGAAAGGAGGCAUCUAUGAGAUUAAGGAGGACACUGAUUUGAGCAUAAAGAUAGAUGCCCUCACCAAGAAGGUUGAUGCUCUCACUGUGGGUCAGUCCAUCAAUGCUGCCAACACUUUCAAUGUUGAUAACUGUUCCACCUAUGCUAGUCCUAUGCAGUUAGCACAAAAUUGUCCAUCUAUGCCAGCUUUUGCCGAGUAUCCUAUGGAACAAGUGAACGCUUUCAACAACUAUCGAAAGCAAUCAAAUGGACCAUACUCUGUGACAUACAAUCUAGGGUGGCGAAACCACCCUAUUUUUUUCAUGGAAGUAGAACCAACCAGUGAAUCAAGGAGGAGCCCCUCAUCAUGCUCACAAUCAAUACCCUCUCGGCUUUCCACCGGUUCCUACUCAUUGUCGCUCGGCCCAGCCAAAACCAUCACCUACUUACCAAGCUCCCACUCAAGCGCCAGUGUCGGUCUCACAGUCAUUGAAGGAAACUCUAAAGAAUUUCAUGAAGAUGACCGGCCAAUCCAUCAUUCAUCAGGUCCUACACACGGGCAAGAGCAGGUGCAAUCAAUUGUCACACUAAGGUCAGGGAGACAAGUGGACAAUCAAGUGGUUCUUCCAAAAGAGAACCCUGCUGUGCCACAAGGGCAAGAGAGUGGCAACAAGGAUAAGAGAGAUCCUGAGCCAUCUAAAGCCACACCAGCUGUUGAGGACCCUCCUAGGUCAUUUCAAGUGUCGUCUUAUGCCAAGUUCUUGAAGGACUUGAUAAUUGUCAAGAGGAAGACGAAUGUCCCAAAGAAGGCAUUCCUGACUGAGCCGGUUAGCUCAAUCCUGCAAUGCAAGUUGCCCAUUAAGUACAAGGACCCUCGGUAUCCUACUAUUUCUUGCAUGAUAGGAGUCAGCCAAAUUGAGAGGGCAUUAUUGGAUCUUGGAGCAAGUAUGAAUCUUUUGCCCUACUCAGUCUACUUACCAUUAAGGUUAGGGGAGUUGAAGCCCACAUCGAGGACACUCCAAUUGGCUGACAAGUCAAGGAAGGUUCCACGGGGAAUAAUCAAGGAUGCCUUGAUUAAAGUUGAUAAGUUUUAUUUCCCCGUGGAUUUCAUUGUGCUAGGCAUAGAGCCGAUUUCAAAUGUUGGGAUUCAAAUGCCGGUAAUUCUAGGGUGGCCAUUCUUAGCUACAGCUAACGCCCUGAUUAAUUGUAGGACUGGGAUAAUGAAGAUCUCCUUUGGCAAUAUGAUAGUGGAGCUGAAUAUUUUUCAUAUCAGGAAGCAACCAUUGGAAUUUGAUGAACUAAGGAAUGUAUGCUCGAUAGAGGAGAUCAUUGAGGACGCGGUUGAAGAAUCGAGCAUGGAGGACCCCUUGGAGGCAUGCCUUGCUCAAUUUGGAGAGGAUUUGGACUUAGACAAGUUGCUUGAGCAAGCAGGUGCUAUUCUAGAGAAUGCUCCUCUGGUGAGCAAUGAGAAGGAGGAGGCAGCAGUACCCAAGCCUCCCAAAAGGAACUUAAGCCAUUACCAGAUACUCUUAAGUACAAGUUCCUCAGUCUAG